AUGCAACAAUAUUCUUCUGAUGUUCUUACAUUCUGGAAGUUAAAUACCGAUGAAUUACCACAUUUAUCAAUUUUAGCAAGACAAAUACAUUCAAUUCCAGCAACUAGUGCUGGUAUAGAACGGCAGUUUAGUAUUGCUGGUCUUACAUUAACUGAUCGAAGGUCUUGUUUGGAUCCAGAACAACUGGACAAUAUCCUAUGCAUUCGGGCUAUGUCAAAACUAGAUGGUAAAACUUAA